GUUGAAACUGGCCGUUAGGAAACCAGCCGGGUGACAGCACAGUAACAAACGUGCUGAAGCUUUUGCAACACUGUUGGAUAGCUUCAGCACUAGCGACGAGUCUUGGAGCACAGAGAUGUUAAUUUCGUCGUUGCGGACAACAAUUUUUUGUGGGUGCAGAAGUGCUGGAAAGGGCUUUCAGUACAGCACCCGUUCACCGCUUCGAAAAUGGCUCUUGAAGAGAGGUCACAGCACCGUCACAGUGGAGGGAGGAACGUCCACUUCAGCAGCAGCAGCUUCUGUCCCCAAUGCAGCCUCAAAUCGCAUAGUGGGUCGAUGGUUACUUGGCUGCAGUGGACUGGUGGUUGGGGCUAUUGUCUUGGGUGGUGUCACAAGACUGACAGAAUCUGGGCUUUCCAUGGUUGAUUGGCAUCUGGUGAGAGAGAUGAAACCACCACAGUCAGAAGGAGAGUGGGAAGCUGAGUUUUCAAAGUACCAGCAGUUUCCAGAAUUCAAAAUAUUGAACCAUAACAUGACUUUGCCAGAGUUUAAGUUUAUCUUCUACAUGGAAUGGGGACAUCGUAUGUGGGGCAGGCUGGUUGGCUUGGCAUACAUCCUCCCCACUAUUUACUUCUGGAAAAAAGGAUACUUCACUCGCUCCAUGAAGGGAAAAGUGCUGGGUCUUUGUGGAUUUGUCUUCUUCCAGGGCCUUCUGGGGUGGUACAUGGUGAAAAGCGGGUUGGAGGAGAAGCCCGAGUCUCAUGACAUCCCUCGUGUCAGCCAGUAUCGUCUGAGCGCCCAUCUUGGUUCUGCCUUAUUGCUCUACUGUGCCAGUAUGUGGACAGGGCUUACUCUGCUGCUGCCAGCUCACAGGAUAGCAGAAACCAAAAAACUCAUGCAGCUCAGGAGGUUUGCCAAGGGUACUGGUGGACUCGUCUUCCUCACUGCUCUUUCAGGUGCCUUUGUUGCUGGUUUGGAUGCUGGGCUUGUUUAUAACUCCUUCCCUAAGAUGGCAGAUAGAUGGAUUCCUGAUGAUCUGCUGGCCUUCUCUCCGACCCUCAAGAAUUUCUUCGAAAAUCCCACCACUGUGCAAUUUGAUCAUAGAAUUUUGGGGAUUACUUCUCUGACUGCAAUUACAGGCCUGUAUCUGUUCUCAAGGAGAAUGAUGCUUCCCAAGAGGGCUAAGAUUGCCAUCAGCCUCCUGGCAGCAAUGGCCUAUACACAGGUUGCACUGGGUAUCGCCACGCUGUUACUUUAUGUCCCCACUCCGCUGGCUGCAACUCACCAGUCUGGCUCAGUGGCUCUUCUCUCGCUGGCUAUUUGGGUUCUGGCAGAGCUUCGCAGAAUGCCCAAGUAAAUUUCUGCUGUUUUACAGAGAAAACCUAUCCCUGGUCGCUGCAGGUCAAAGUUUUAAGAGGCAGUAGUGAACUCGAAAAACAUGAAACUGUGUUCUUUAUUUAAUGAUGGACUUUUCUGUAUAUGCUGAAGCAUCUGUUCAGUGGGGUAUGUCAGCCCCCACUUAAAAAGCUCAAACAAUUUCACCCCUGCACAUUGCAAUCUUUUUUUCCCCCAAUCACGAGUAAUAGAAAUCACAAUACAAGUUAAACUUUAUUUAAAUAAAGAUAAUAUUCCUAAAGUGGGAAAAAAAGAA